GGUAAAGUGGCAGUCGGCUCUUCCAGCCCCGUUGUCGCAGCUUCGUUACCAGCCCCAUCCCAGGCCAGACACACACCCAUCAGCGAGGGGGAGAUCUUCAAGCUUCCAGGCAGGCUGAGAAUCCAGCCCUCACUGUGGAGCAAGGAUGACGUGAUCCACUGGCUAAGAUGGGCUGAGAAAGAGUAUUCCCUUCGGCAAACCGACGAAAGCAAGUUUGAAAUGAACGGCAAAGCCCUGUGCAUCCUCACCAAGGAUGACUUCAGAUACCGAGCUCCGAGCUCAGGUGACGUGUUAUAUGAAAUACUCCAGUACAUUAAGACGCAAAGAAGAGCUCUGGUGUGCAGCCCGUUGCUGAACUCAGCCUUCAGAGAAGCCAGAAGCACAGAGGAAGACUGCAGGUUGCUGUGGGAUUACGUGUACCAGCUCCUCUCUGACAGCCGCUAUAAGCCUUACAUCAAGUGGGAAGACGAGGAAGCCAAGGUCUUCCGGGUCGUUAACCCAAACGGACUUGCCCAGCUCUGGGGGAACCACAAGAACCGGAUGAACAUGACAUAUGAGAAGAUGUCACGAGCGCUCAGACAUUACUACAAACUCAACAUCAUCAAAAAGGAGCCAGGGCAGAAGCUGUUGUUCAGGUUUUUGAAGACUCCUGGGGAGAUCAUCCAUGAGAAAUCCAGCAAACUGGAGCAGCUGGAGAAUGAGGACCAUGAGGAUUUGAAAGAAGACCCACUGGAGGUUUCACUGUAA